UCACUUUCACAGUAUCAGUUCACGUUAAUUUAUAUCGUAGAAGCAAUACUAACAUUUUUUCCUUUAAUUUACGAAAUGUAGAAAAAACGUUGACAUUAGUUGAGCUUCCAUAUUUACUUAUUCGUUUCUCCUUGCUUUUGGAAAUCCCACAAAUCUUACAACAUAAAUAUGGGUUGGUCAUCUCAUCUCAACUACUCUGAACAGUAGACAAACAACAACAAAAACAAACCUUUCCAGCUGCCUGAAUUCCAGAUUAUAACAAUGCCGGGGGGGAAUAUAGGAAGAAGUCUCAUCAAUCUGUGCUUCUCAAAGAUCAAAUCUCCGGCGACUAUAUCUUCUCCCGGAGGAGAUCAUCAUCAUCACCGCCGUCCAUCGUCGACAUCCCUCUUCACCAAGAACUUCAACUCUCUCUACGAUUUGACUUUCGAUUGCACCUCCGGCGGCCACUCCAGAACGUACACUACUUACUCCAUUCCCUCCGAUGACAACGACCGCCUUUCCUCGUCGUCGGGAUCCGAAGCCGAGCUGGACGCCGCCGCCACGCCGGACUUCGCCACCGUCUUUGCAUCUCAGCGCUUCUUCUUCUCCUCUCCGGGACGUUCCAACUCAAUCAUAGACUCCUCCUCGCUGUCGCUCUCAUCCCUGGCAUCCACCUCCAGCUCGUCUCCGGCGCCGGAACCCAACACCAUCAUCAUAGGCGGAAGUAUGGCGGUUCCGACGUAUUCGCCGGACCCUUAUCUGGAUUUCCGGCAGUCAAUGCAGGAAAUGGUGGAGGCCCAGGAUCUGACGGACGUAGAAGCCAAUUGGGAUUACUUACACGAGCUUCUUGCUUCCUAUUUGUCCUUAAAUCCAAAAAGCACCCACAAGUUCAUCGUCGGAGCUUUUGCCGACCUUCUCGUCAGCCUCAUGACAACGACAACAACAAAAUCCAGGGAUGAAGACGAUGAACUCCGCCGGAAAUCAAAAUUGUCAGAGCGACGGCGACGGUUGUAUAGUCGAAACUGAAAGUUGGACGGUGGACUGCGUUUUUCUUACAGCGAGCCCCUAAAAAAGGUGAGUUAAAAAGUGUGCCUGCUAUUUCAGGAGUUUCUGAUUGAGAUUCAGACCAAAAUUAAAGCCAAACCCAAAAGCUGGGGACUAUUUUUAAUGCAUGCAGCCUUGUUUCUUGUCAAUUUAUUAUUACUAGCUAGUAGCAUAUUCCUCUUCAACAAUGUGUCUCCGUGUUUAAUCGAUCUGUAAAUAGUAUGCAGAAUAAUAUUAGUCGGACCACUAAAACAUUCCGGAAUUACCGUGUAGUUAUAGUAAGCAUUUACACAUAUGUACUCACCAUUCAUAACAAUCCAUUUUACCUUAUUAAAGCAGAAUA